CUGUAAACAGCUGCGCGCGUGCGCGUUCAGUCUCGGGCAAAGAGAGAGACCAAAGAAGAACAAACAUAUCGACAGCAUCAGUAUCAUCAGCAUCAUCAGCAUCAUCAGCAUCGUCUCAUCUCGUCUUUCCCGUCAGGUUCCCAAGACACUAAACUGAGCUGCACUCAUCACUUAUAAGCUAACUGACACUAAACACUACACUCAGAUCAGCUCAGGGUCCCGUUUGAUGUGAUACGAGUGUCUGGUGCUAUCUGACGCUUCGUCAUGGCCUCCAUCUCUAAAACCUCUGAGCUGGACAUCCCAGAUAACUACCAGGAGAGCUGGCAGGCCCUGCUCGCUGCUGCUGAGGUAUACAGCCAGAAAUCAGGCUGCGACCUCGCCAUCCUGACCGCCUGCAAGAAGUUCCUCCUGUCCGGCACAGAGGGAGACGCUGUGAAAAAAAGAGAAGGGGGCGGAGCUAUGACGGCAGGAGGCAGGAAGUGGGAUUACGGUUAUCACGUGUGGGGACAGGGGGCACUCGCCGAGGCGUCACGACGAUACCUGGAUGACAUCGGCGUGCUCCAUUCCACCACUGUGCUGACGGCGCAGAGACACACCCGCCUCUCCACGGGGGAAGGCGGAGCCAAACUGGGUGUGGACAUUCCCUCUGAGAGACCGACGUCGGUGGGUGAAGGAGGGUCGGGUUCAGUCAGUCCCGGACUGAGGCUGUACUCUCAGAGCUACCCGUCCAUCUACAGUCCAGCGACGGUCAGCGUCCUCCCGUCGGUCCAGCAGGGGAACGGAGGGAGAGAAAGAGACAGAGCGGCUCUGGAGGAGGUGGAGAGAGCGAGAGAGCGGGCCGGUAUCGUGGACCUAGAUGAGGAAGAAGAGGAGGAAGAUGGAGAGGAAGACGAUAUUGGCGGACGCAGGCGCAAUCUCAAUGAGUCGACAGGUGUGUUCUCUAUGGACGAGGAUUCUCUGUCUCAUGACUGUGAACCCUUUUUCGAGUCAGACGGUGAAGAGGAAAGCACCGACGGUUCUUUGAGUGAGGAAGCUCCUCCUCGAGGCCUGGCUAUGGGUCACUCGGCUCUGUCUCGCACGUCUCACCCCACAGCACUGGCGCGCUCUCUGCCCGUCUCGGUACCCGUGUGGGGCUACAGGAGCAACCGCUCGGCACAGGGCGACUCCCACAGCGGAGAACGAGUCGGUUGUGCGGAUCUUGAUUACAUCGCUGCCAGCAUGAAGGCUCUUUUAGCUCCGGCUGCAACCGACGGAACAGAGAUGUUUGGAGCGCUGCCUCGACCUCGCCUUAACACGGGCGACUUCUCCCUGAAGCACUGACGAUGGAUGUGUGUGUGUGUGAGAGGGUGAGAGAGAGAGAGAGAGACAGAGAGACAGACAGAGAGACAGACAGAGAGACAGACAGAGAGACAGACAGAGAGACAGACAGAGAAACGAAUUCUAAGAGACAUAAAAAGAAAGGAGACACGUGGGAACGAACUGGGAUGUAAAUACGACCCGGACUUGUUAUUCUGUAGACUCUAAGACAGAUUUCAACAUUUAACCUGAUGGAAAUCUUUACAAAACUUUCUCUCUCUCUCUCUCUCUCUCUCUUUUUUUUUUUUUUUUUUUUUUAAAAGAAGGCAGAAAGAAAAGACCAAGUUUGAGUGUAGAGAUCUUUCAGACCUGAACAGGGUUGGAGCUGUUCUGGGAUCAGUGUUUGCCUUUUGUACGCCGUAUUUGAAUGUAGCCAAGUGUUUAGAGAGAGAGAGAGAGGAGCUGAUCCUGGAUCAGGGGGGAAACAGAACUUUUGUUCACAAGGACGUUUUUCACAUCACGUCUCACUCUGGUGUGUGUUUCAGUCCCGCUAACGACGUAGAGCUCGGCGAUAUCGACAUACGUUACUACCGUCAUCUCAUUACCUUUAUAAGUGUUCAUAUCAUCAUGUGUUAGUGGUUUAUUAACAUUUUAAUUAAGGGGUUUAAUUAACAUUAUAAUAAACCACACUUUAGAUUUUUCCCAUUUUUUUUUUCCUUUUUAAAAGUUAUUUAAAAAACUCGAUCUUUUUUACGACUUUGCGUUCAUAUCCGCGUCAUCAGAUCAUCUUCGAGCAUGGCAGUGACAUAUUUCCUGACAUAUCACCUCACUCUGAAAAUAUUCAUGAAUUUCAAGGGGCGGAGCUUUAACCUCAGGCUCCGCCCACAAUAAAUCAGUGACGCAUUUUUUUUUCCUCACCAAAAAUGUCCUUGUGAACUCGGGCAUAGAGAAGGCGGGUCGGACGUGAACGCGGGGUGAUGACGAGUCUGACGCGUUUAACGCUGAGGACGUCCGCAUCGAGAUUAGACGAGAUCCGAUUUUGGAAAUCUUAAGUGCGAUCGUCUCUUGUAGAUGUUACAGACGUGCUUCUGGGAAAAAGAAUAAAUCAAAAAGAGCUUUUAUUUCCUGUUCUUGCUACAGAUGUAGCUAACUCACAUGCUACUCUUGCUAGCAAUGAAAUCCGUUUAUCAACAAAGAUCAUUAGCGUAAUGUUAGCUGGAUGUUUGCUUGCAUCGUAGUCAGCGCUGGUUCUGUCACUAAACUCGGCCAGAUCUUGGAUCUCGUCGUCCAACAACUCGCUUUCGGUCACGUGACAUUUCAAGCUGUCGUACGCGAGAAACACUAAUAAUGGGCACGUGGUGCCUUCAUAGCUGUAGCUGAUGCUGAAUGAAGCUAAUUUACACACCGAUGCUGAUCCGGAGGGAGAAAGACGAGACGAGAGGUUAAUAAACACUACGUUCUUUAGAAAGCGACACUAUGCUACUGUUCUUUGAAGUGAUUUUUUUUUUUGCUAACACGUUAACGGUAGCGUAGCGUCUGGGUUACGACUGUUGAAGAUGAUGACGACUAUGUCACUCUUGCACAUUUCACACCAUGUGUUCAGUGUUUAAACAAAUGUUUUCAAUAAAACUGAUCGUUUGUUGUUGAACAAAAAAA